AUGCGACUCAGUGCUCGAAUGACUCUGUUCCUCUUGGUCGUUUGUGCCCUCGCGGUCAGCGCCGCUCCGUCCCCUCCGCCUAUUCAGUGGAGGGAGGUGUCUACAUUGCUGAGCCCACAAGCUGUCAAGCGAUCCGAGGCGAUUCGACCGCAAAGCUUCAGGGUACCUUUGCGCUUGUCCAAACGUGCAAAAAGCUCGACAGGCGUUCGAGAUGAACGUUUGCUUUCUCGCAAGGAGUCUGAUCGCGCUACCAAUGCUACCGCAUUGGAAGACCUCGGAAUGGACACGUUCUAUUCGGCCGUCUGGCAGGUCGGCACGCCUGCGGUUGAUGUACACGUACUCAUGGACACUGGAAGCUCCGCUCCGGUCAUAUACGCGCCGGAGUUCAUGAAAGGUCUUAAUGCGAGCUAUGCUCAAGAGGCGAGCGAGUCCGGAGAUGCUUCGACACUCCCUCCAGCUGAACUUCUCCAAGGAAAUGCGACCUAUGACUGGAACAACAGCACAAGUUCACACGCAGUGACCUUGCAGAAUGGCACUACGAAUCUGCAAGGAAGCGUCGCUUAUGGAUCAGGAGCGGAUGUUGGCUACGGCGUUUACUUGCAGGACACUGUCGAGAUUGCUGGAUUCAAAAUCGAGCAGCAGCCUUUUCUGUAUCUUACGCAAGGCACCAUAACGCAAGCUGGAAAGAAUCUAGGUGGUCUCUUCGGCCUUGGCUGGAGCGCCAUGGGCGCGACGGGCGACUACCCCUUUAUCAAUCCACUCGAGUACCUAUGGAGAUCCGGAGCCUUGGAAGAGCCCUUGUUUACUUUUGCUCUGCUUCGCAAUGUCGGCGGAGAAGAUCUUUCGGAUGGCCAUGAAGGUGCAGCCAGCGAUAAUCCUGGUGGGCUCUUCACUAUUGGCAGUCUUGAUCGAACACAAUACGACGGCGAGAUCGCCUGGGCACCUCUCGUCACCUCAGAUGCAUACCCUGCUCCGAUGCCCAAGGAGCUCGUAGGCAAGCCCAAUGGCUGGUUUGCGCAGAUCGACUAUCUCAAAGUCAACGGCAAGAUCAUCGAGACUUCGCGCAAAUUGCCCGCACAUUUUGACACUGGAGGUAUCGACAUGUCCAUGCCACCGUGGAUCACUGAUGACAUGUUUUCCAAAGUCAAAGGUGCGCGAUACCAGGAAGAAUUGGGAUACACGACGUUCCCGUGCUCCUUGCCUGGUGCCGGCCCGGCCACUCUCAACUUGACCCUCGCGUUCGGAGGGCAAGAGUUCCACAUCGAUAUGGAGGAUCUGGUGUCUGCAAGAAUGCACGACAGCAAAGGCAAGGUUGUGUGCAGGCGGAACAGCGCCUCGAAUGUCGACGCAAGCGCAGACGGUCCUGUACAACCUCUACUCUUUGGCGCAUCGGUACUCAAGAAUGUGUUUGCAGCCUUCAGAUUCGAGCCUCCUUCCAUCGGCCUCGCCCAUCUUUCUGGAAGCGUGAAAAGUCGAGAAGCACCAAAAGACGACGACCCGAACUUCAGUGAAGCACCGCCCGGGGCUACGCCGAAUGCCGAUGCACCCCAUGUCCAGCCCGGGCCUACCAUCGUCAAGCCUGAAGAUUAUCCAUGGACUAUUGUCACGCAAACGGCGUCCAAGCAGGUCGUUGACUGGCCCGCAGCAACGCUGCCCAACACCGCGCAGCAGCGUCUUGCCGCGGUGCCGACGGGUGCUUUGCCGGUGGCGCAUGGCAAGCUUGCGUCGAGCAGACUAAAGGCCGCCAAAUUUGGCUUGUAUGACUCGCUCACAAGCGCUGCAGCUGCUGCCCAGACGCACCGUCCAGGUCAAUCGUGGAACAUGGACUUUGGCAAGUGGGGCUCGCCGCGUCAAGACUGGAUGGAUACGCAUCACUUCAACGACGAUGAUGAGCCUUCUAGGGAUAUAUCUCUUGCAGCGCGCAUCGGCAUCAUUGUUGGUGCUGCACUGCUUGGUGCCAUCGUCAUCGGUUUGUGCGCCUUGAUCUGCAAACGACGUCGCAAAGUUACCAGAGCUCCACCAAUGGGACACGACGGUGCACUGCGAGGCAAUGCUCAGGCUACUACUCCCGGCGUCUUUCAGCGCAGCACCUACUCGGUCUUGUCUCGCGAAAAGAACGAUGCGGAGUCUAGAUACGAUGCGGAAGAAGCGCGUCAAGAGAUGGCUAGUCAACACUCCGAGUACGCUCAAAAGUACGAUCAGCCCAACUACGCGCACGUUCAGCAGACCAGCGAGCCCGACUUUCAAAAGCACGGCUGGACGCAACAUGGUGGCGAGCCAGCCGCCUUUCACUCGUGA